ACUCGAGGUUGUUCCUCGCACCUGCAUGGGUGGGUGGGAAGAAGAAGGGGGGGCGGGGGGUAAAUGGAAAGGGGGAGGGAAGGGAGGGGGAAGCAGAGGAGGAGGAGGAGGAGGAGGAGGAGGAGGAGGAGGAGGAGGAGGAGGAGGAGGAGGAGGAGGAGGAGGAGGAGGAGGAGGAGGAGGAGGAGGAGGAGGAGGAGGAGGAGGAGGAGGAGGAGGAGGAGGAGGAGGAGGAGGAGGAGGAGGAGGAGGAGGUGGUGGUGGUGCAUCCACCAUUGCAUUGAGGGACGUGGCAUUCAACAACU